AUGAAACAGGCCCCAGGACAGAUUAAGUCUAUGACAGGUGCAUAUACAGCAAAUUUUUUAAAUCAUAUGAACGAUUUGUUUGAUUGCUUAAAUAGCAAAUGUUUGUAUAGCUCCAAUCCUAAAAUGUGUGCAUUAUCUGAAGAACGGCCUAGCCAAAUCCAAUUUUUAAAUGAAGCAAAAAGAUUACAUGAAAAUAUAAAAUUAGUUAAACCUAAUACAAAAUAUGGGUAUCGUCUACCGUGUUUUGAUGGUUUAGUGUGGUCAAUUAAUAGUAUAACAAUGUUAUAUUCACAACAAAAAAACUUGCAGUUCACCUAUUUACGAACAUCUAGACUCAACCAAGACUCUGUAGAAAAUACGUUUGCACUAUUUCGACAACGUGGAGGAUACAACCCUAAUCCUACAGCUCUGACAUUUAGAUCUACGUUUAGUAUUCAAGCAAAAAACAAUUUAUUUAAAGCAUCAGAACUAUAUAACUGUGAAUCAGAUAUGGAUUCAAAUUUAUUGGCUCAUAAAUCUGAUUCUGAUUCACUUUUAAAUUAUGUAAAAGAAAGUGAUUCAGAUUAUACUAGUACUUUAAACGUUGAUGAUGAGCCAUUCACUAAUACUAAUGAUAAUCUAGAAGAAGAGAAUUGUGAGAUAUCAUUAGAAAUGUGGGCGAAUGCUUAUUUUGCUGGUUAUCUGGGUAAAUCUUGUUUUGAUCAUUUUAAGUGCUUAAAACGUGUAGAUAAAUUUUUUAAAUGA